ACUGCAGAAUCGGUAUUAUAAUUUUUCUUACAUUUUUCGCGAGGUAAAUAUUCUCAUCAAUAAACGUUCUCCUCGGGAGAAAAUAAAAACGUAGACGAGAGAUGUUAGCCAAUGAAUAAACCUCUAAGAUAAAUAUUUCUCUCACGUGUCUAUUAUUGCUGUAAAGUAAACCUACGCAGAUUUUACCUCUUCACUUCGCAUUUCCAACAAUUCCAACGUUCCGGUGUUACUUGAUUAGAAGCCUGAGGAUUGCCCUCCAUUGCACCUUUACCUAGUACAAAGAUGCCAACUAUUGGAAUAAAACGUGAUUUACUAUUUGAAGCAUUAGGCAAAACAUAUUCCGAAGAUGAGUUCCAAGCAUUAUGCUUCGAAUUUGGUUUAGAGCUAGAUGAAGUGACAACGGAGAAACAAAUGUUAGCAAAGGAAUAUGGCUUUGACCAAGGUACAAUAGAUGCCUCUGAAGAGAUUAUCUACAAAAUCGAUAUACCUGCUAACAGAUAUGAUCUUUUGUGCUUGGAGAGUCUAACCACUGGAUUGCUUAUAUUUUUGAACAAGAUACCCAUACCACGUUACAAAGCAAUAAAACCAAAUAUAAAAAUGGAAAGGAUUGUGAUGAGCCCAGAGUGCUUAAAAGUAAGAGGACAUAUAGUUGCCGCAAUUUUAAGAGACGUUACUUUGACACAAGAAUCUUAUAAUAGUUUUAUCGAUCUUCAAGAUAAACUGCAUCAGAAUAUAGGAAGAAAACGUAGUCUAGUUUCUAUUGGCACUCACGAUUUGGAUACAGUUAAAGGCCCAUUUCUAUAUGAUGCCAAAUCACCAUCAAAGAUACAUUUCAAACCGCUUUAUCAAGAUAGAGAAUACACGGGAGAAGAAAUCAUGCAAUUAUAUGCAACACAUGCUCAGCUUAAACAAUAUUUGCCCAUCAUAAAAGACAGUCCUGUUUAUCCCGUGGUGUACGAUAGUAAUGGAGUUGUUUUAUCUCUCCCUCCUAUUAUCAAUGGAGAUCAUUCGAAGAUCACACUUGAUACGAAAAAUAUUUUUAUUGAGUGCACAGCAACUGAUCUUACAAAGGCAAAGAUAGUGUUGGACACGAUAGUCUGUGCUUUCAGUCAGUAUUGCGAUACAAAAUAUACAGCAGAAAUUGUGGAAGUAGUGUAUCCCGAUAAUCGAACUUUCUAUUAUCCAGAAUUAAAAUAUCGAACGGAGGAAAUUAACUGCAAUAAAGCGAUCAGUUACAUUGGUAUCAAACAGACUCCAGAUCAAGUCGCAGACUUACUGUCAAAAAUGUCUCUAAAAUCGGAGAUAAAAGAUACGGAUACAUUAAUGGUAGAAAUUCCACCGACAAGACACGAUGUGAUACAUCCUUGCGAUAUUUAUGAAGACAUCGCUAUCGCUUACGGAUAUAACGAGAUAGAAAAAACUAUACCGAAUAUAUCGACAAUCGCGGCAGAAUUUCCGCUCAACAAACUUACCGAUCAAAUACGGGUAGAAUUGGCCCAAGCAGGAUUCACCGAAGCACUGACUUUUUCAUUGUGUUCACGUGAAGAUGUAGCGGACAAAUUAGGAUACAAAAUAGAGGAUGUACCAGUAGUUCAUAUAUCCAAUCCAAAAACUUUGGAGUUUCAGGUUGCGCGUACCUCACUUUUACCGGGGCUGCUUAAAACGGUAUCGGCGAAUAAAAGGAUGCCUCUGCCUCACAAAUUGUUCGAAGUUUCCGACGUUGUGUUACGAGACGACACAGCGGAAGUUGGUGCGCGCAACAAUCGCCGUCUGUGCGCGGUAUACGCUAAUAAGUCGGCUGGUUUUGAGAUAAUUCAUGGUCUAGUAGAUAGAGUUCUGUUACUAUUAGAGAUACCCUGGAACGCUAACAAAGAUAAAAGUGGAUACUAUCUACGUGCAGCUGAUGACCCGAUGUUCUUCCCUCAACGAUGCGCCGAAAUUGUCUGUUAUGGUGAAGUGAUAGGAAAAAUGGGAGUCUUACAUCCCGAUGUACUUUCGAAGUUUGAUUUAAAUAUUCCGUGUUCCGCGAUGGAAAUAAACAUUGAACUGUUUUUGUAAUGAGAGAAAAUAAAUAAUGU